CUCGCGGCUUUCCGUCCGAGUCGGGCUCCCGGGCAGCGCAGGGCUGGCAGGCCGGCCGGGCUAGCGGGUGAUCGCGGAGGGCUAGGCGGGGUGCGGAGUCACCAGCCUUGUUCAGGUUCCCGUGGUUUCAAAUCAGAAUUGUUCAAACUCGUGGCAGCCCUGAACACUUCAUCUUGGUUUACUGAUUAAACCCAGUUGCAACCACAGGAGUAAUGAUCAUCUAUCAUAAAGACAAGUUCUGGAGACUAAAAAGGUUUUUCUACUUUGACUAUAUCAUGGAAAAUCAAUUGGCAAAAUCAAUUGAAGAACGGACAUUUCAGUAUCAGGAUUCUCUUCCACCAUUGCCUGUCCCUUCACUUGAAGAAUCGUUAAAAAAAUACCUUGAAUCAGUAAAGCCAUUUGCAAAUGAAGAAGAAUAUAAGAAAACUGAAGAAAUAGUUCAAAAGUUUCAAAAUGGAGUUGGUGAGAAAUUGCAUCAGAAAUUACUUGAAAGGGCUAAAGGAAAAAGAAACUGGCUGGAAGAAUGGUGGCUCAAUGUUGCCUACCUGGAUGUGCGUAUGCCGUCACAGCUCAAUGUGAACUUUGUGGGUCCUUCUCCGCAUUUUGAACACUACUGGCCUGCAAGGGAAGGCACUCAGUUAGAAAGAGGAAGUAUAAUUCUUUGGCACAACUUGAACUACUGGCAGCUGCUAAGAAGAGAAAAAUUGCCUGUACACAAAUCUGGAAAUACUCCUCUAGACAUGAACCAAUUCCGAAUGUUGUUUUCUACCUGCAAGAUUCCGGGAGUUGCUAGAGAUUCAAUUAUGAAUUAUUUUAGGACUGAGAGUGAAGGCCACUGUCCAACCCACAUUGCUGUGCUGUGUCGAGGCAGAGCUUUUGUCUUUGACGUGCUGCAUGAAGGAAGUUUGAUCACCCCACCAGAGCUCCUCAGACAACUGACGUAUAUCCACAAGAAGUGCUGUAGUGAACCUGUGGGGCCCGGCGUAGCAGCAUUAACCAGUGAGGAGCGGACGCGAUGGGCGGAGGCCAGAGAAUAUCUGAUUGGUCUUGAUCCAGAGAACUUGACUUUAUUAGAAAAAAUUCAAACCAGUUUAUUUGUGUAUUCUAUAGAAGACACCAGUCCAGAUGUAACCCCGGAAGAUUUUUCUCAGGUCUUCGAAAUGCUUCUUGCUGGAGAUCCAGCAGUACGCUGGGGUGACAAGUCCUAUAAUUUGAUUUCCUUUGCUAAUGGAGUAUUUGGCUGUUGUUGUGAUCAUGCUCCUUACGAUGCAAUGGUUAUGGUGAAUAUUGCCCAUUAUGUUGAUGAGAGAGUCUUAGAGACGGAAGGAAGAUGGAAGGGUUCAGAAAAAGUCCGGGAAAUACCACUUCCUGAGGAGCUGGCUUUCACUGUGGAUGAGAAAAUACUAAGUGACAUCUACCAAGCCAAAGCCCAGCACCUCAAAGGGGCGUCGGAUCUCCAGAUCGCAGCACGUGCUUUUACAGCUUUUGGCAAAAAGCUCACCAAGAAGGAGGCCCUGCAUCCUGACACCUUUAUUCAGCUGGCACUUCAGCUCGCCUACUACAGACUUCACGGACGUCCUGGUUGCUGCUAUGAAACAGCUAUGACAAGAUACUUUUACCAUGGCCGAACAGAGACUGUACGCUCGUGUACAGUGGAGGCAAUCAGGUGGUGCCAGUCCAUGCAGGAUCCCUCUACCAGUCUUCUUGAACGGCAGCAAAAGAUGUUACAAGCUUUUGCAAAGCAUAAUAAGAUGAUGAAAGAUUGUUCAAAUGGAAAAGGAUUUGACCGUCACCUUCUAGGUCUUUUGCUUGUAGCAAAAGAGGAAGGCCUCCCUGUUCCAGAGCUAUUUGAGGACCCUCUUUUCUCCAGAAGUGGAGGAGGUGGGAACUUCGUUCUCUCCACAAGUCUGGUUGGUUACUUACGAAUCCAGGGAGUCGUGGUUCCCAUGGUACACAAUGGAUACGGGUUUUUCUACCACAUCCGAGACGACAGGUUUGUGAUGGCAUGUUCGGCCUGGAGGUCAUGUCCAGAGACUGAUUCAGAAAAGCUAGUUCAGAUGAUUUUUCAUGCUUUCCACGAUAUGAUACAGUUGAUGAACACCGCUCAUCUUUAGAGACUCAGAGACAGACACAGAUCAACUCGGUACAGAGAGUAGAUGGAGAAAUGACCUGGAAGGAAUGUUGACUUAAAGGAGGAGACUUGUUAAGUGUGGUGAUUAGCAGAGUCUUGCUCUCUAGAUUUAUUCUACCUUAGAAGGUGGAAGCAUCUCAAAACUUCCGGUGUUGCAGCAGCAAUGUGAAGUCAGACAUAGUGACACAGAACGUCUGUGCAGUGUCUAAUGGAAGCCUCAACAAUGCACUCUCACCGUUAUGACAAUGCAAAUCCUACUCUAACUUUAAAAUACCUUUCUUGGCACAUGUAUAGACUGCAAGUCCUCUGUGAACAUAAUUGUAGACUACUUUUCAAGCACUUUUAAUAUUUUCUAAUUGCCAGAGGUUAUAUAAAGCACAUGGUUAGAUGCUAAUUUCCCUGAAGUCAGUGCCUUCCAUACCCAGUACAGGGAUACAAGCCUAUUAGGUCUCAUGGGAAAACCACUACAGUUCAAUAGUGAUCUCAAAAUGCUCCUUUGAACAGACAAAAGAAUCAAGUUGUAUUAGAAGUAUUUACAUUAAUACAGAAAAAAAGUCCCAGCAAAACUCAUAUGGUACAUUGUAAUUCAUUCUGUGAAUACAAAAUUAAGGCACUUACAUUUAAACCUAAUUGUUAGAGGUAGUGACUUUGAAAGGGUUAAAUGUUGAAUAUUAUUCUCAGGACUUUACAGUUGUUUCCCAUUGAUAUUCAAUUGUGUGGUUUAUAUUUUCAAAGAAUAAAGCAUCCAGAAUCAUAAA